CUGCAAGACCCGCUAUGAAUGAAAUAUGAUUGUUCGGACUCCAGGCCGAGAAUCAAACAUAUAAUGAGCUAUCAUUAUCACGAAUUGAUAACGUCAGUCGAUUGUUAUUCUCAACUAAGGAGCUCCUUACUCUAAAUAAGAUUAUACACAAAUAGUUUACCCACGCGCUUCGUAUGAAGCACAUCGGAUCUGUGGCUCAUUAUAUUACCAAUUUAGUAUAAGUAUUAAUUAUAAUAGGAAGAUGUUACAUAAAACAGCCGCGCUGCGCUCGAAGCGCAUACAUCAGAUGGCAUACUAUUCGACAGCAAAAUCACGGAAAGUGAUUGCCAUCCGUCGCGAAGACCAGUCAGUAUGGGAGCGGCGGGCGCCAUUCUCUCCAUUAAACGUGAAUCGCUUCGUGCGGAACGGAAUCAAGGUCAUCGUGCAGCCCUCCAACAGGCGCGCUUACCCCAUGCAGUCCUACAUAAGCGCUGGCGCAGUGAUUCAGGAAGACAUCAGCGAAGCCAACGUGAUCUUCGGCGUGAAGCAGACCCCCAUAGACCUCCUCAUCCCGAACAAGACUUAUUGCUUCUUUUCGCAUACCAUCAAGGCACAAGAAGCUAAUAUGCCCAUGCUGGAUGCCAUUUUGGCUAAGAACAUCAGACUGAUAGACUACGAAAAGUUGAUGGACGAUGCAGGCAACCGAGUGGUAGCGUUUGGGAAGUACGCGGGCGUCGCGGGCAUGAUCAACAUACUACACGGACUCGGGCUGCGACUCCUGGCCCUGGGGCACCACACGCCCUUCAUGCACAUCGGACCAGCUCACAACUACCGCAACUCCAGCAUGGCGCGGCAAGCCAUCAGAGACGCCGGGUACGAGGUGGCGCUCGGUAUGAUGCCUAAAUCCCUGGGACCGCUGACCUUCGUGUUUACCGGCUCAGGAAACGUUUCCCAGGGAAGUCAAGAAAUAUUCUCCGAGCUACCUCACGAAUACGUUCCACCGGAAAUGCUCAGAAAAGUUGCGGAACACGGAAGUCCAAACAAGAUCUACGGUUGCGAGGUGCGCCGGCGGCACCAUCUGGAGAGGAAAAAUGGCGGCGGCUACGAUGCGCAGGAGUACGAAGAACACCCUGAGCGAUACAUCUCUACCUUCGCGCAGAAGAUAGCGCCAUACACGUCUGUCCUAGUGAACUGCAUCUACUGGGCGGUGGACAGCCCCAAGUUGCUGACCAUCCCCGACGCCAAGCACCUCCUCAUCCCCUCCAACACGCCCUGGCUGCCCAAGAGCAUCGGCGCGCCCGCGCUGCCGCACCGAAUGCUCGCCAUUUGCGACAUCUCAGCGGAUCCGGGCGGCUCCAUCGAGUUCAUGAACGAGUGCACCACCAUCGACACGCCCUUCUGUCUAUAUGACGCCGAUCGGAAUAAGGACACUAAGAGUUUCAAGGGCCCCGGCGUGCUGGUGUGUUCUAUCGACAACAUGCCGACGCAGCUGCCGCGCGAGUCUACGGACUUCUUCGGAGACUUGCUCUUCCCCUACGCUGAGGACAUCAUGAAGUCUGAUGCUUCGCAGCCGUUGGAGGAACACAACUUCUCCCCCGUGGUUCAAGGAGCCAUAAUCACGAGCAACGGCAAACUGACACCGCCUUUCGAAUACAUCAAUGAACUGCGAUCAUCAAACAAUCGAUCCCGCCACAAGGUGGAGGGUGACGACCAGCAGAACUCGGUGGUCAUCCUGGGCAGUGGGCUGGUGGCGGCUCCCGUGGUCGAGUACCUCGCUAAGGAGAAGAAUAUCUCUGUUACUAUUGCGUCCCAAGUAAAGGAGGAGGCGGACGCGCUAGCGGAGCGGUACGGCGUACGCUCCGCGUAUUUACAAGCCGACGACGAUGCCGCGUUACGCGCCAUGGUGUCGCGCGCGCGUCUCGUGGUGUCUUUGUUGCCUUACGAACUGCACGGGGCCGCUGCGAGAGCCGCUAUUGAAGCCGGAGCUCAUAUGGUCACGGCGUCUUAUGUGAGGCCUGAGGUUCAAGAGUUACAUAGCCGAGCUAAGGAGGCCGGAGUGACGAUCCUCAACGAAGUGGGCCUGGACCCCGGCAUCGACCAUCUUCUGGCGCUCGAGUGCAUCCACGACGUCCAGAACCAUGGCGGAAGAGUAGACUCUUUCGUUUCUUACUGCGGGGGUCUCCCGGCGCCUGAGUUUAGUGACAACGCGCUGAGGUACAAAUUCUCGUGGAACCCGCGAGGCGUGCUGCUCAACACAAUCUCAGGAGCUAAAUACCUAAGCAGAGGGCAGAUAGUGGAGGUGCUCAGCGGCGGCGAGCUGAUGUCUGUAGCUCGUGAACUAGACUUCCUACCCGGCUUCGCUUUCGAGGGCUUUCCGAACCGCGACAGCACGCAGUACGCCAAGCUGUAUGGAAUCGAGGACGCGCACACCAUAUUCCGUGGCACCAUCCGGUACAGAGGUUUCGCCGAAACAAUGAUCGCUAUGCAGCUAUUCGGCUUGGUGGACCCUAACCCUCACCCCUCACUCCAUCCAGAAGGACCUGAAAUUACUUGGCGUCAAUUCGCCUGUGAGCUGCUAGGCCUCACAGACUCUUCCAUCUUCUACGAGAACCUGAAGACGCGCCUGACGGAGCGCAUCGGCGGCGCUGGUGCGGCCGGGCUGGAGUCUCUGGGGCUGCUGGAAGAUAGUGUUAUUGUUAAGAAGAACACGCCGCUCGACACUGUUAGCCAUUACUUGACUAACAAGUUGAAAUUAGGCAACGACGAGACAGACUUCGUGGUGCUUCGGCACGAAGUUGGCGUGACAUGGCGGGACGGGCGCAAGGAGAGGCGUGAGGUCACCAUGACUGUCCGCGGCGAGCCGGCGGGAGACACGGCUAUGGCGCGCACCGUGGGGCUGCCUACUGCUAUUGCCGCCAAGAUGAUCAUCGACGGUGAAAUUCAAGAGCGAGGAGUGGUGCUUCCCUUCGCACCGGUCGUGUACAAGUCGCUGCUGUCGCGGCUGCGCGCGCACGGCGUCACGGCACGCGAGAUAAGCCGCCCUCUCAACUAAACGUCAUAUGUUAGAGCGGGAUAGUAGCAUGAGCUUCCGCUGGACGUGUCGCUCGCUGAACGGGGUUGGCAACUGUCAAAGGUUUUGAUAGAUGGCGCUAGCAAAGGUUUUACUUGUCUCUAUAGUUUUGGUCUAUUCUCCAGGCCAUAAAAUUCCAAAGAAAAAACAAAAAUUUGACAGUAUUCGUAGGAGUGACAGGUAAAACAGGUGGCGCCAUCUGUGACUUACUUCAACAGGCCAACCAAGUUAGAGUCGACUCUAUCUAUAAAUACUCGAUGAUACUAGACGUAGGAACUCACACCUCAAAGACAGAUAACGCAGAACGGCUCUUUGAAAUUUUUUUACUAAGUCAAAUACAAGUUAUUACACUUAUUACAGGGGCCAAAUUCGACACGUACAACUGUCAGAUUUCGCAUCCACGUCAAAUCAACAGUUGAUUUUAUUGCAUACUGAGUAUUGAUUCCAUCAACGGUGGAUAAUAUAAUUUGGUACAACCAAAACUCAACUCUAAACUAAGGGUGGUUCGGUUUAGUUUGCUUGUCACCCUAACUGUGGAUUGUUAAUGUCAAAUUUUGACAUUGUACGUAUUCGAGAACUUAUGAUUUUUCCCACAUCAACGGGAGAUCAACACGAUACGUCAAACGUCGCUUGUCGAAUAGGGGUCCUGGUAUCGGUAUUGCAUUUUGUACUUCAUGAACAUGCAUGAUACGAAGGGAGGUUUCACUUUCAACGAAUUAGUCAAAUUCAUUAACUAAUAUUUAAAAUUCACGUAUGUUGUUUGAACGAAAAAAGGGGAUGUGUAUAGUAGUGUACCCUAUAAUGGGCGUGGAACCAGUAAUGGGACAAAAAACCACAAAUCCUCUAAAAUAAGUGUCUAAAAGUAGUUUAUAAACACUGCCUGUAUAUUAUCAUAAAUAAGAGUCCUAGAGCUGUUUCAGUUUGAAUUUUUAUUAAAUUUGGUUGUUUUUUAAGAAAUUGGCGUCAACCCAAAAGUUGUCGUGUCACUGAAAAAAAAUACCACUACGAAUUCUUAACAACUUCGCUAAGAGAGGUGAGUUAAUUUAUUAAAUUUUAAUUAAUUAAUACUUGAUGAAAACUAGAAUGUGUUUUGUUAAUUGCAUUUACCAUGAGAUAAGGUAUACAACAUACUAUGUUGUGACUCCACAGAUGUAAAAAAAUAGUGGUAUUUGGCCCAAUCCCAUUAUAGGAGCCGUAAAACUGCAUACCUCCUAUAAUGGGACAAUUUACAUAAUGAUGCUUGCCAUGCCAUCAUUUCAUGUUUAAACAAUACAGAAGUAAAAUGUAGUUACGAAAUAUGUCAACCAGGAGGUAUGCUCGGACUUCGGAUAAAUUAAUAUCGUUUUUCCAAACUUUCAUUUAACUUGCCCUGUUAGUUAGUGUGGGUCAAAUCUUGGUAGCCGAAUUUGAGCCACUUUCCGAUUGAGUUGAAAUUUUGUAUUCGUAAUUAAAUAUGCAAAUCGGAUGAUAAUGCAAUAUUAUGAUAACAUGGACCAGAUCUGAUGACCUAUUUUAAUAUUUUAUACUGAUAGAGCAGUGUCCAUUACUGGGGGGCCCAUCACUGGAGCGUUGGUGUCCAUGACUGGAGAAAAAAAGCAUAGUUUUAAUUUGUUAAGUACGUGGAAACUCAUCGCAGUAUCUUUGAUACAACACGCCUGAAACAUGAAAGACGGAUAGGACUUUCAUCUUUUAAUACGUUAAGCGGUAGACCAUUUACAUGUAUUGGGGAAAUAUCACAAAUACUCCAAAUUCCCUCUUAAAUGUCCCAUGACUGGUGCUGUUACUA